CCGAGCCCAGCCCGGCCGUGCGCGGGGAGACAGCCCGGAGGGACCCCGGCCCAGCCUCUCUAGAAGCCCCAGGUGACCUGGCUGAGAGCAGGGGCAGGCUGAUCGACGUCCCCAGUGUGCAGCUGGCAGAGGAGCACUGGUGUGCCCAGACUCUGUCCCCACGUCCCCUCGGGGGCCGGUGAUGACUGACGCGGUGGUUGGUGGCAGCUCGGACCGGUGGAUGUGCCCUGGUGACAGGACCAUGUCUCUCCGGGCUGGCAGCGAGAAGGAGCAGCUCCCCCAGGGCUGGUCAGCACGGGGCGGCCAACCCGACCGGCAGCGCAAGAGUGUGGAGCUGACGGAUGAGGAGAAGGAGAUCAUCAACAGAGUCAUUGCCCGCGCUGAGAAGAUGGAGGAGAUGGAGCAGGAACGCAUCGGGCGGCUGGUGGCGCGGCUGGACGACAUGCGGCGCAGCGUGCUGGGGGACGGCGUGAACCGCUGCAUCCUCUGCGGGGAGCAGCUGGGGCCGCGGGGAUCCGCCUGCGUUGUCUGCGAGGACUGCAAGAAGAACGUCUGCACCAAGUGUGGGGUGGAGACCAGCAACAGCCGGCCCCAGGCCGUCUGGCUCUGCAAGAUCUGCAGCGAGCAGCGGGAGGUGUGGAAGCGCUCCGGAGCCUGGUUCUUCAAGGGUUUGCCCAAGCAAAUGCUGCCCCAGCCGAUGCCUGUCAGCAAGAACAAGGGACCCCAAACCCCGAGCGAGCCCAGCCCAUCCGAGCCGCCCACCCAGGACCCGAAACUUCCCUCCCGGGCGCCCACCCGAGGCCAGGCGGACGCCCCGGCCGAGCAGGACCCCGACGGCAGUGAUGUGACAGUGGGUGCCCAGGGAAGCUACGCCAAGGGCAGGCCAGGUCCCUGUGGCAAUGAGGACACCAGAGGGGACACCGAGAGCCGUGACCACACUGCUGAGAGCGGGGUCAGCAGGAGCCCUGGGGUGAGGAGGAUGAACUCCAUGCAAGCCCCACGGCCACCCCCACCAGCCACUGCCAGCCCUGCUCCUGGUCCAGCACCCCAAGCAGUAGGAAGACCAGCUCCUGGACCAGCUCCUGGACCAGCCGGCCGGUUCCCAGAGAGACAAGUGAGCCCACCGCUGGGACCCCCAGAGCCAGCCCGUGCUGCUGCCAGGGAGGAGCGAGGAGGGGGCUAUGCUGUGCCCCCCGGCAGAGAGGAGAGGCUGGGCCGGCAGCCCCCUGCCCCACAGCCCCCUGCCCCACAGCCCCCUGCCCCACUGCGGCAGCAGCCCCAGGAGGAGGAGGAGGAUGCCAACAGCUACGACUCUGACGAAGGCACCACGCUGGGAGCUCUGGAGUUCAGCCUGCUCUAUGACCAGGAGAACAGCUCUCUGCACUGCACCCUUAUCAAGGCCAAAGGCUUGAAGCCAAUGGACUCAAACGGCCUGGCAGAUCCCUAUGUCAAACUGCACCUCUUGCCUGGGGCCAGCAAGUCAAACAAGCUGAGGACGAAGACGCUGCGCAACACCCGCAACCCCGUGUGGAAUGAGACCCUGGUGUACCAUGGCAUCACAGAUGAGGACAUGCAAAGGAAGACCCUCAGGAUCUCUGUGUGUGAUGAAGACAAAUUUGGCCACAAUGAGUUUAUUGGAGAAACCAGAGUUUCCUUGAAAAAACUCAAAGCCAACCAGAAAAAGAACUUCAACAUCUGCUUGGAGAGAGUAAUACCGAUGAAGCGUGCUGGAACGACCGGCUCAUCCCGUGGGAUGGCACUGUAUGAAGAGGAGGUAGAUCGCGGUGGGGACGUGGAGGAGCGCGGGAAGAUCCUGGUGUCCCUCAUGUACAGCACCCAGCAGGGCGGCUUGAUCGUCGGCAUCGUGCGCUGCGUGCACCUGGCGGCCAUGGACGCCAACGGGUACUCGGACCCUUUCGUGAAGCUUUGGCUGAAACCUGACAUGGGAAAAAAGGCCAAGCACAAGACACAGAUUAAGAAGAAAACAUUGAACCCUGAGUUUAAUGAGGAGUUUUUCUAUGAUAUAAAACACAACGAUCUGGCCAAGAAGUCACUGGACAUCUCGGUCUGGGACUAUGACAUUGGAAAAUCAAAUGAUUAUAUCGGCGGCUGUCAGCUUGGCAUCACGGCCAAGGGGGAGCGCUUGAAACACUGGUACGAAUGUUUGAAGAACAAGGACAAGAAGAUCGAGCGCUGGCACACCCUCCAGAACGAGAACCACGUGGCCAGUGAUUAGAGGAGCUGCUGCCCCAACCUGCCACCAGGGCCCACUCUCUGCCAAGCCCUGUAGAUCUCUGAUGUCCGUCUUCCAGCGCAGUCAUGCCUUGCUACACGCCUCUGCUCCCAGGGCAGCCACCCCCUUCUGCCUCCUCCGAGCCUCCUCUGUGCCCUGUCCUCACCUCCUCCACCCCAAGACUAACCUGGAUCUUUUGUAUUCGUUUCCUUGGAUUUGUUUUGUUUGGGUUUAUGUGUGGGGGGGUGUCAUUGAAUUCUCCCGGUGUGUAAUUUUGUCAAGCAAUAGUCACCCCUGACUGUUCCUCUUUCUCACUAGUCUCACGCCCGCUGUGAUGAGCCUCCCUGUUGUGUGUGUGAUGCUCUGUGUCCCUCCAGCCUCUGCUCACGUGGCUCGUCCCAUCACCACCAGCUCUUGGCUCCUCCAUCUCCCACCAGGACACGUGGCCGCCAGCCUGGCCGUGCCCUGGUCUGGCUCUGGGGGUGCUGAGGGCAGGUGUGGGAGCAUCAGCCCCGUCUGGCUUGUGUGAUAUUGAUCCCUCAGUUGCAAUAACCAAGAAGCUGUUUGGCUUUGGUGUGGGUCGUAACUGUGGCCUGGUGUCUGUGUCCUUGUGGUUAGGCUGCAGCCUGUGUCACUGAUGUCACCCUGUGAGUCCUGCUUGAGCUGUAGUUCUGAUUUGGUACAUUCGAGCAGUAUCGUGGUCCAUCCGUUGCUGAGAAGAUCCUCCAAGAACUUGCUAAUGAGCAGCAGGGAGCUGCCUGGUGCUGGCAAGGAAGCAGGGUUGGGUUGGUUCCUGGUUCUUUCUUUAGCCUGAAGAACUUGCACUCCAUUGCUGUAGGAGCACACCCGUGUUUCAAGCUUGUGACUACCUCCUCCUCACAUCCUGUGUGUAGUAGUGACUAGCUGAGCCCUGAGGGCAGCCCCUGGCCCUCCCCAGGCCACCCUUGCUGCUGCCAACCUGCAGGAGGGAAGCCAAGGAGAACACAAUUCCCAACAACUAGAUGUGUGCAAGGGUUAUUGCUUUAAAUUAUCACAAAUCCUGAAAUCAUCUGGAACAGUUAGAGGUCUUCCAACUUGUUUUUCUUUUUUAACAAUGGCAACAGACUGAUGCUGAGGGGGUUUGGUACCAUUCACUGUCUCUGGGCGACCUCCAGCACGGCAGUGUUGGAAGCAGCACAACAAGCACCACAGGAUAUACCAAGGGUUGGGUGCACACCAUGCAUGCUCUGAAUCCCCAGGCCCCUUGGGUUCCUGCUGUUGGCCCGUGACCUGCCCUGCAAGCCCUGCUCCAGCCUCCUGGUGUGUGCUGUGCUCUUAACUCAGCUGUACCACAGAGCUGUUUCCUUGGGAUUGGAUGAAUUAUCUUCCUAUUCUUGAUGAUUUGCAUUUUAAAAUUACCUUCCUCCCCCACCCUUGCCCCAGCAGAACUUGCUCCCAGUGCUGACUUGCCAUGAGCAUCCCUGCAGGGCUGUGUGCUGGGCGAUGCCAACCUCCCCAUGUGAUGCCAACCUUUGUGUGUCCAGUGAUGCUGCUGUGGAGCAGCCUUUCCCCACUUCAGGGCUUGCAUGUCCAAGAAGGUGUGGAUGCUUUCCUUCCCAGGCAGGUCCCUGUAGCCAUCUCUCCACCAGGAGCCACUCUUGGACCGCAGCUGGGGAAAGCAAACCCAAACCAGUGUGAGCAUCCUCUGCUGCCUUCAGCCCGAGCUGAGGCUGCUCUUCCAUCACCCCAGACUCUAUCCCUCUGGCAUGGCUGCUGAGGUGGGAGCUGCUCAGGGCAUGAUGCACGGGAGAGGACACACCAGAAAAGGCUUUUUCCUCCCUUUUGUGCAGCUUGUGCCUCUGCACCAGGAAGUGCAAGGUCCCUGAGCCCCCAGCCAUGCUGUGCAGAAGGCCCGGGCUGAAACAAUCCGGUUCUUUCAGAUCAUUUCCAUGUGUCCAGUGCUGCUGGAGGUCUUUUGGCUGUAGGAUGCUGCUGUAGUCCCUUCCAGAGCGCUGGACCUGUCCAAAACCUUUGCAUGGUCCUUGCCUCUACCUCUUGGAGCAGCAGCUGGGCACAGGGCACCUCUCAGCUGUGCUGGGGAGAAAACUGCCUUGAAAAACAAUGAUCUGAGCAAUUCCUUGACUCGCCCCAGGCCUGCAGCAGCCCAGCCUCCUUUGUACGUGCAGAACAAUGAAAUGAAGGUUCCCUCUCCCCAGGUCCUGUGCUGACACUCUCUGCUUUCCCUUCAGACAAACAAUAACUCGACUCACCUCUUUGCACCCAUCAAAAUAAAGUGCAACCUGCCAGCCCCCCCCUCUCAGUAUCCCCUGUUUGCCACCUCCUGAGUUUCUCUGGCAGGGAUUUCUUGCCCUGAGUGAUUUAUUUUCGUUGUAAAUAAAGCAUGCACAUAUGGAUUGGGAAUGGUGCAAAAACAGAACAACAAAACAAAAAAAAGAGCCUCUUCUACUGCUGUUUGCAUUCAAACUCGCAUGCAGUGAUUUUACAGCAAACUGCCAGUUUACAACUAUUAAGAGAAAAAGUUACACAGGAACUAGAACUACUCCAGUCUUCCGCUGCAUGCAGCACAACCUCCUCUCUUGAUGUGGUAUCUAAUAAAGUGAGACUAUUGGAAAAGAAAAAAAAAAAAACAACAAAAC